AUGUCGAGCAACAAUGAUACCAUAGGAGAGCCCAUUGCGAUUGUUGGAAGUGCUUGUCGCUUCCCCGGUGAUGCAACAUCCCCUUCCAAGCUCUGGGAAUUGUUGCGUGAACCUCGAGAUGUCUUGACGGAGAUCCCAAGAAGUCGCUUCAAUCCCGACAUCUUCUAUCAUCCGGAUGGUUCCCACCAUGGAACAAGCAAUGUUCGACACUCCUAUGUUCUAUCCGAUGAUCACCGGCGCUUCGACGCCCAAUUUUUUGGGACCAAGCCCGUGGAGGCGAACGCAAUUGAUCCUCAGCAACGCCUGCUGUUAGAGACAGUAUACGAGAGUCUCGAAUCCGCCGGCCUACCCAUGGAAAAAUUGCAAGGUUCAGACACAGGCGUGUAUGUUGGGUUGAUGUCAAAUGAUUUUGCAGAUCUGGUGGGUAGAGAUAUCCAAAGCAUUCCUGCAUACUUCGCGUCUGGAACGGCUCGAAGCAUCCUCUCCAAUCGCGUCUCAUACUUCUUUAACUGGCAUGGUCCAUCAAUGACGAUCGACACUGCAUGUUCGUCCAGCCUGGUAGCAAUGCACCAGGCGGUACAAAGUUUGCGCACCGGUGAAACCAAGAUAGCAGUGGCAGCUGGAACAAAUCUCCUUCUCGGACCUGAACAAUAUGUUGCUGAAAGUAAAUUGAAAAUGCUCUCUCCCACGGGGCGAUCGCGCAUGUGGGACAAGGAUGCGGAUGGGUAUGCCCGUGGUGAUGGUAUUGCGGUUGUCGUACUUAAGCCACUCAGUGCUGCGCUUGCAGACGGUGACCAUGUGGAGUGUAUCAUUCGCGAAACAGGAACAAAUCAAGACGGGCGAACGAAAGGAAUCACCAUGCCAAAUCCGGUAGCGCAAGCAGAUUUGAUCAGAUCUACCUAUGCGAGAGCAGGGCUUGAUAUAAGUAAAGCCAGCGAUCGGCCUCAAUACUUUGAGGCUCAUGGAACAGGAACUCCCGCGGGUGACCCUGUUGAGGCGGAAGCCAUCAGCACGGCAUUCUUUGGAGACGUGGCAGAUUACCAUAGAAAAUCUGACCAAGAGCUACCACUUUAUGUGGGAUCCAUCAAGACCAUAAUCGGACACACGGAAGGGACAGCUGGUUUGGCUGCAGUUCUGAAAGCUUCACUGGCAUUGCAGCACGGCGUCAUUCCCCCAAACCUUUUGCUGAAUGAGUUGAACCCAGCAGUGAAACCAUUCUAUAAUGAUUUGCAAAUUAUCAAGAAGGCCCAGGACUGGCCAGCGAUUCCAGAUCAUUCACCCCGUCGCGCCAGUGUGAACAGUUUCGGGUUUGGUGGGGCAAACGCCCAUGCGAUCUUGGAAUCCUUUGAAGGAGCAAACGGCAAUCCAAGACCAGACUCCACUUCUCCUUUAUUCGCACCAUUUAAUUUCUCGGCUGCGUCCGAAAAAGCGCUUGCUGCAACUCUCCGUCAGUUAUCGGCAUAUUUGAAAUCCGAGCCAGGCGUUGACCUGCACGAUUUGUCAUGGACGUUAAACUGUCGACGGUCGACUCUUCCAGUGCGAGUGUCAAUCUCAGCUUCCAAUGCAGCGGAUCUGAUUUCCAAACUGGAUAGAGCUGCGCAAUCACCAGUCGACUUUACGCCCGCUUCUAAAACUUUGAACACCAAGAGGCCAAAGUUGCUCGGCAUUUUUACUGGUCAAGGUGCGCAAUGGGCUGGAAUGGGAGCAGAGUUGCUGAGUGGAUCAUCACUUGGCGCCGAAUGUAUUGCACGCCUCGAUCUUGCCCUUCAAAACCUCCCUGAAGACCAUCGCCCCCAGUGGUCAUUGCGAAAUGAGAUAUUGAAAGAUGCCGCCUCAUCACGCAUAGGCCAGGCAUUGUUUUCGCAAUCUCUAUGCACCGCCAUCCAAAUAAUGUUGGUUGAUUUGCUUCGCGCAGCAGGAGUUUUCUUCACUGCCGUGGUCGGACAUUCAUCGGGCGAGAUCUCCGCUGCAUAUGCUGCUGGAUAUCUGAGUGCUGAUGAUGCAAUCAAGAUCGCCUAUUAUCGUGGUUGGGCCCUGCAGUAUUCUGCGGACAUCAACGGAGUCAAGGGCGCCAUGAUGGCAGCAGGAACAUCCCUCGAAGAUGCCCGGGAACUUUGCGAUAUGCCGACCCUUGAAGGGCGCAUUUGCGUCGCUGCGAGUAACUCUUCUGCCAGCGUCACUCUCUCCGGCGAUUUGGAUGCCAUUGAGGAAGCAAGAGAGGUAUUCGAGGAUGAGAAGUUGUUUGCACGGAUGCUGAAAGUUGACAAGGCGUAUCACUCUCACCAUAUGCUUCCAUGUGCUGCUCCCUAUAUUGAAGCUCUUCAGAAUUGCAAAAUCAGUAUUCAGAAGCGGGCGAAUGAUAGCAACAGCACUACCUGGAUCUCCAGUGUCUAUGCUAAAAACAUCGAAAAGGUCAAUGACAGCCUGACAGAUACAUACUGGAGCAAUAACAUGGUGAAUCCAGUGCUGUUUUCGCAGGCUAUCAGCUUUGCGACCGCUGCUCUUGGACCCUUUGACAUGGCUGUCGAGGUUGGUCCUCACCCGGCACUUAAGGGCCCUGCCUUGCAAACAAUUCAAGAAGUCUCAGGCAGCGAGCUCCCUUACACUGGAACAUGCAGCCGAGGAAAAGACAGCAGAGAGGCAUUUGCCUCUACACUUGGAGCUUUGUGGACUUCACUUGGAGAGAAUGCCGUGGAGUUUGCAAAGUUCGACCAGACUUUGUUUCCCGAUUACACACCAAGGAGGCUUGUGAAGGGGUUACCGACGUACCCCUGGGAUCAUGAUCGGGUCUAUUGGCAUGAAUCUCGUGCCUCAAUGGAGUUUCGCGAGGCCGGAGAAAACUUCCAUUACCUUCUUGGAGUCAAAUGUCCGGAUGGUACACAGAAAGAGAUCCGUUGGCGAAAUUAUCUCCAUACUCGGGAAAUUCCAUGGCUAGCCCACCACCAAGUCCAAGGCCAGUUUGUGUUCCCCGCAGCAGGCUACAUAUCAGCAAUUGUCGAGAUUUUGAUUGAGCAAUACGGGCUUUCGUCCAUCAGGCUCAUUGAAUUGCAGGACUUCAUCAUUGGCCAGGCUCUUGUUCUAGAAGAAAAUGUGGGAGUGGAAAUCAUCUAUGCUUUGACACUUUCUCACACCGAGGGCAACUCUGUGACUGCAGGCUUCAACUGCUAUUCCGAUGCAAACAAAGGCUCUUCGUCCAUGUCACUACAUGCGUCGGCGAAAAUCAAGGUCACUCUGGGCAGUCCAAGUUAUGACGAUCUACCGGCGGCCAGUGAGCACCAGGGGUCUUACUUGGAAGUUGAGACUGACCGGUUCUACAACUUCGUUUCGGACCUCGGCUUUGGUUACACUGGUCCAUUCCGUGCACUCACAGCGCUCAGCAGAAAGAUCGAUGAGGCUACCGGUGCUAUCGCCGUUCCAUUGCAGGAUAUCAACGAAAAACGCUUGUUGAUCCACCCCGGGUCGUUGGAUGGUGCUAUUCAGGCCAUAAUGCUAGCAUACUCCUUCCCCGGCGAUGGCCGUAUUCGCACACUCUAUCUGCCUACCAAGAUUGACAGUAUUCGUAUCAACCCCAGUGCUUGCUUUGAACUGGCAGGUCCCGGUUCCUCUCUUCCCUUUUACUCGUCGGUUGGCACUGUCCAGUUUUCAGAACUUUCUGGCGAUGUAGAUCUGUAUUCUCCAAAUCGCGAACACACACUUGUACAACUUCAAGGGCUCCACACAACGCCACUCACUCCCUUGACAGCCGCUACGGAUGUUCCAAUGUUCACCGAAUUCGAGUGGAGCCCCGAAGAGCCCACGAUGACCGGCUUGGAUGCAGACGAGCAUUUCAGACCGCAAAAUCAGCAGUUGUUGGACAUGGAGCGCGUCGCGCACUUCUAUUUGAGAAAUCUCCACUUGUCAAUCGAUGAAGCUGAAAUUCCGGAAAUUUCACCACAUCACGUCCAUUUGCUUUCUUACGCCAGUCAUUGUGUCUCGAAUGUCAAAUCAGCCGACAACCAUUGGGUGGCAUCAGAGUCUGCCGAUGAUAUCACAGAAGAUAUUUUGAAGCUAAUUUCUAGGUACCCGGAUAGCAUUGAGAUGAAAAUCAUGAGACAGGUCGGCGAGGCGUUGCCUUCCAUUGUCCGUGGAGAAGUCAGCUUACUUGAAAUGCUGAAGAACGAUAAUCUUCUCAAGCAAUUUUAUUCGGAGGCCUGUGGCAUUGAAUUCUUUCUAGAGCAGCUUUCUCAGAUUGCCGGUCAGAUAGGCAAUCGCUAUCCGCACAUCAAUGUUUUGGAAAUUGGAGGUGGUGCUGGUGAUAAUACCCAAAGAAUCCUGCAUGGACUGAAGGAAGCAUUCGCUUCCUACACCUACACAGAUCUCUUGGAUGAUGGGUUUGACAAAGUACAGGAGAAGUUUCAUGAACAUCAAGCCAAGAUGGCAUUCAAGGUGCUAGAUGUUGAGAAAGAUAUCGCAGAGCAAGGAUACGCCCGAGAAUCUUUUGACUUGGUGAUUGCGUCGCUGGCCGUCUAUGCAACGAGCAAUAUUGACAAAACACUGUCCAACAUUCGGCGUCUGAUAAAGCCCGGUGGCUACUUGCUCCUCCUCGAAUUGACCAAUCCGAGCGUGAUGCGAUUGGGUCUCAUCCUUGGUGGACUUCCAACAUGGUGGAAGGGUCAUGCGGAGGGACGUACCUUGUCACCGUGUCUAUCCACCACAAAAUGGAAUGGCCUUAUGCGCAAGGCCGGAUUUUCUGGCACCGAUCUCUCCAUCAGCCACCAAUCGGAAUCACCAGCACCGUUCUCAGUGAUGUUGGCACAGGCUGUUGAUCAGCGUGUCAGUCUUUUGCGCGACCCCCUGUCUCCGACGAAUGAGACCCUGGGGAUCGAGUCAUUGACGAUUAUCGGUGGACAAAGCUCUUUGACAACAUCCCUAGUGCUGGAUAUAAGGGAAACAGUUGGCCUCCACUAUGGCAAAAUCACAAUCUAUUCUUCAUUGGCGGACGUGUCUCUUGCGGAGCUGCGAGUCAUGGGCUCUGUGCUUUGCCUGUCCGAGUUGGAUGAACCUGUGUUACUUUCUAUGACGCCUCAAAAUCUGGAAGCUUUCAAAAAGCUUUUCGAGAAGAGCAAAAAUAUCCUGUGGGUUGGCCACGGUGCACAGGGUGACAACCCAUCUGCCAAUAUGAUUGUUGGAGUGCAACGCACACUGCGAGUUGAAAUGCCUCAUUUGAGGGUGCAAUUUAUGAACCUUCAUUCUCUUCGAGACGCAAAAUCGGAUCUCAUUGCCAAGAAGCUGCUACAGCUUGAGGGUACGGAUAUUUUGGAGCAGAAAGGCCAGCUCCAGAGCAUGCUGUGGUAUACAGAGCCACAAAUCAAUGUGAUUGGGGGAAAUAUUUUCAUCCCCCGACUGAAGUUGUGUGGUGAACGGAACGAUCGAUACAAUUCGUCCAAACGUUUGAUUGUGAACAGUGUAUCCCGGCAAUCCUCGGCGGUGACGGUUCGGAAAUCUGAUGGUCACUACCGUGCUUUGAAAGGAAACUAUCUUUCUUCCGAUUUCGUGGAUGAAGAUGUGCAAAUCCAAGUAACGGAAUCACUCCUCCGACCCGUCAUGAUAAACGAAACGGACUUCCUAUUUUUGGUCGCAGGAAAGGACUGCGAAACAGGCACUGAUGUUGUCACUCUGUCAAAAACUCUUAGCUCAUGCAUACGUGUACCGAAAUCAUGGCGUCUGCGAUGCGGCAAGGAAAAGGGGGAGUCUCUCCGAUUGAUGCUCAGCCUUUACAUGCACUUCAUUGCCCAAGCACUAUUCAGAAACGUGCUUCCUGGAAGUACAAUUGCAGUUCUGGAGCCGGACUUCUCCCUGGCUGUGGUGCUUACACAGCAUGCAGUGCAAAAAGGAAUUCGGCUGUGCCUUUUGACUACAGAGAGAAGCCCACGCCCACACCCAUCGGUCUUCAUUCACCCCUGCUCUGCACGACGUGAUAUCGUGGGAAUUAUUCCGCCAAAUGUUGUGAAAUUGUUCAAUUUUGCUGGCGGCAAUGAUCUACUAUCCGUCCUACUGAGUGCCUUGCCCGACGAAUGCCGACUAGAAACCGAACGGACAUUGACAAUGCAAGACUCACAAUACUCACAUCGCCUUGCUGGCGUGAAUGAAGUCUCUUCUCAGUUGCAGUCCUUGUGGUUUGAGGUUCAAAUGGACCGCAGCCCGGUGAAUCUCAACAGACUGGAAAGUUUAACUCUGAGAAACCUUAUUGACAAACAGCCUCGGACUCUUGAACAGGCAGUUCUCACUUGGGAAACAGAUCAGCUGCCUCAACAAGUCCUUCCCGCAACAAGUGUCGUCAGGUUUGACCAAAAUAAAACAUACUGGUUGAUUGGACUUACAGGCGGGCUUGGCCUUUCCUUAUGCCAGUGGAUGGCUAGCCAAGGCGCCCGGUAUAUUGCUUUGUCCAGUCGUAAUCCCAAGGUGGAUCAAGGGUGGAUACUCCAAAUCGCUCAGAACGGAUGCACUGUCCGCGUUUUUGCCAGUGACAUUACAAACCGCGCGUCCGUCAAGAAUACUUACGAUCAGAUUGCGAACUCCAUGCCUCAGAUUGGUGGUGUUGCACAGGGUGCUAUGGUUCUCCAAGACACAAUGUUCCUAGAUCUCGACUUGCCCAGCCUUGAGAAGGUUUUGCAGCCGAAGAUCCAAGGUAGCAUUAUACUUGAUGAACUCUUUUCGGAGGACACCUUGGAUUUCAUGGUAUUCUUCUCAUCGAUGGCUGCCAUCACAGGAAACCCUGGGCAGGCUGCAUACAAUGCCGCAAAUAUGUUCAUGGCCAGCUUGGCAGCCCAACGUCGCAACCGGGGGCUGGCUGGGUAUGCCAUCAACAUUGGUGCAAUUGUGGGCAAUGGCUAUGUGACCCGAGAGCUGAACAUGGACCAACAAUCGUAUCUUUACCGAGUUGGUCACACCUUGAUGUCAGAGCAGGACUUCCGGGAGGUCUUUGCCGAGGGAGUGCUUUCCUGCAUUGAACGAACGGGUAGCUCCGAGCUGUGCAGCUCGUUGAGAAUUGACGGCGAUGACUCCAAAACAUGGGUCACAAAUCCUAUAUUCCAGCACCUGGUACUCAAGUCCAACUCCUUUGCUGUGACGAACAAGAAGAACAAGGCUGGUGUCAUUGUUAGACUCCAACUUCUUGAGGCCACAUCCAAAGACGAAGUUUCCGAGAUUCUGCAAGACAUGUUGACCAUCAAGCUCCGGUCUGCUCUCCAGACAGAUCCGGAGAAGGAUAUUCUCGAUUUAAGUCCUGAUGAACUUGGUGUUGAUUCCCUCGUCGCCGUAGAUCUUAGGUCUUGGUUCAUUAAGGAGAUCGCUGUUGAUAUGCCCGUUCUGAAGAUUUUCAACGCAGCCUCAAUUCGUGACCUCUUGCAAUCGGCAGCUAAUAUGAUCCCUGAGGGACUGAUUCCGGGCGUGACAAAGGAUGAGGAAGGUGUCUCAAAGGCCCCUGCUCUUGUGAUUCCUAGCGCAUCACAGAUAGGCUCGUCGGCUCCAGACUCUACACAGGAUACUCCAACUUCUGACUCAAGUGAAGAAGCCGUAGCUUUCCACUUGGAGAACGUGCCGUCAGUUGAGGGCAAAAGUGGAACCUCAGUUAUAUCUGGACGGGCGGGCGAUUCAAGUUCGGACCACAACGAUGAGAGCUCAUCUUCUGCAAGCUCUGUCGGCGAUGCUGCAGACGUGGGUCUUCAAAAAGGAACGAUUCAGCGAACUGUGCCCAUGUCUUACGGUCAAUCCCGUUUCUACUUUCUGAGAUCAUUUGUCGAGGAUCAGUCUGCAUUCAAUGUCACUCCAGUCUUUGAGAUAAAGGGGCACCUGCGGAUUGAAGACUUUUCCCGAGCAGUUGAAACAGUAGGACAGCAUCAUGAAUCCCUAAGAACUUUCUUCUUCUUGGGAGAAGACAAACAAGGGAUGCAGGGAAUCUGGGCCAAGUCAUCACUACGACUAGAGCGCAAGCUCAUUGGCGACGAGAAAGAAGUGGAAGUAUUCAAAGACCAAAUGAGAUCGCAUGUUUUCAAAAUCGAUGAUGGCGAGACGAUUCGCAUACAGCUUUUGUCCUUGCGCAACGACAGGCAUUGGCUUAUUUGUGGCUUCCACCACAUCAACAUGGACGGCAUCAGUUUUGAGAUAUUCUGGUCCGACAUCGAAAAAGCCUACAACGGGCUGCCACUGUCUAACGAGAUGCUGCAAUACCCAGACUUCACCUUGAAGCAGCUGCGCGAUCAUGAAACUGGUGCCUGGGAGAGUAGCCUGGAGUACUGGAAAGAAGAGUUUGCCGAUAUUCCACCGGUCGCACCUCUGCUACCUUUCUCUCGUUUGUCAAGUCGGCCCAUGUUAGCUCCAGGCAUCGGAACUCAUAAAUCUCAUAUCCGUCUUGAUAAGGAUCUUUCAGCACAAAUUCAGAAGUGUUCAGCAAUGUUUCAAGUGACGCCUUAUCAUUUCCAUCUGGCAAUUUGGCAAACUCUUCUUUUACGGGUCUUCGAGAUUGACGAUAUAUGUAUCGGACUUGGCGACGGGAAUCGAACAGACCCUAACAUCAUGCAAACUAUUGGAUUGUUCCUGAACCUUGUUCCAAUUCGAUUCCAUCGCAAGUCUUCUCAGUCUUUUGGAGAAGCUUUGAAGAAUAUGAAACUCAUCUCCCAGACGGCGUUCUCGCAUGCCCACAUUCCUCUGAGUGUCAUCCUGUCUGAUCUCAAUGUUCCCAGAUCUACAGCACACAGUCCUCUUUUCCAAGUCUCUUUCAACUACCGCCCCGGGAUUGCGGAGAACCGUGAUUUUUGUGGAUGUGUUGCGAAUGGAUCGCUGUUGACGGUUGGCGGUAUAUCCUACGACCUUCAUCUCGAUGUGCUGGAUAUUGCUGGUGGCGACGAGACAGUGAUUUACUUGGCGGUCCAAAAGGAUUUGUAUGAGCUCCAACAUGCAGAAAUGCUUCUCCGCAGUUACUAUGGUCUCUUGCAAGCAUUUGUUCAAAAUCCUGCUACCAGGGUCUCAUGGCCGCCAUUGUUUUCCAACACGGAUGUCGAACGAGGGUUGAUAGCUGGCAGAGGACCCGAGGUAGAAAACCCAUGGCCCGAAACAAUCGUCCACCGAGUUGACGAAAUUGCAAAAGUCUAUCCUCAUCAUGUGGCUCUGAAAGAGCCAGGUGGGAUUGGACUCACAUAUUCUCAGUUGUCGGAUCGAGUCUCCGAAAUCGCAAAUGAGUUGAUUGACAGAGAAGCACAGCCUGGAAACAGUAUUGGGGUAUUCCAAGCCCCCGGGGCUGUUUGGAUCUGCUCCAUGAUGGCUAUUUGGCGUGUUGGUGGAACCUACGUUCCCAUGGACAAGAAAUCAGGCAUCGAUCGACUAUCUGUCAUGGUCUCCGAAACUGCCCCUUGUUUUAUUUUGACUGAUGCAACCACUGCCGAGGAUGUCCACCAACUCCGAGCUUCGGCACCGUCCGUCAAUGUGUCUUGUCUCCAAUCGCGGAGCAGGGUUCCAGUGCCAAACAGCGCGCAGGCCGAAAAUGUAGCCAUUGUUAUGUAUACGAGCGGCUCGACUGGCGUUCCGAAGGGAAUCAGGAUCACUCACUCGGCGUUUUCCCAUCAAGUUCACGCUUUUACUCAGGCGUGGGGGAUCCAGGAAGAAAAGGAGACAAUUUUACACCAAUCUUCAUAUGCCUGGGAUAUGUCUAUUUGCCAAAUCCUGCUUUCCCUCUGCAAUGGAGGAACCUUGAUCAUUGCUGGCACUCAGCAUCGCGUCGAUCCCGCAGCGAUUGCGAGCCUUAUUCAAUCUGAAUAUGUGACCACCACAGUUGCAACUCCCACUGAAUAUUUCUCUUGGUUCCGUCACGGAAACUCAGAUUUCAAAAACUCCAAUUGGAGGCUCGCAAUUUCAGGCGGAGAGCACCUAUCCAACACCUUGAUACAGGAGUUUCGAUCUCUCGAGAAGCCGAAUUUGAAACUAAUCAACGCCUACGGUCCGACAGAGGCAACGAUGGCAUGCAGUUCAACGGAAGUCCCUUACAUGGACACGGACAUUUUGACUGAAGAAACAUCCGCUAUUCUUCAUACCUUACCGAACAACUCUGUUUAUAUUGUCGACGAAGAGCUAAAUCCAGUCCCCAUCGGAUUUCCAGGCGAGCUGGUGAUUGGAGGAGCGGGUGUAGCUUUGGGGUAUCUCCUUGCCAGCAAGACUAGAGAACGCUUUUCAAAAGAUGAACAGUCAAGUUCCCAUUUCCGGAUCCACGGUUGGACCACAAUUCAUAAAACUGGUGACCGAGCUCGACUUACAGAUGAUGGUGGCAUUGUUCUCAUGGGCCGCAUCAGUGGGGACAAUCAAACCAAGAUCAACGGAAUUCGCAUCAACGUUGAGGAGAUCGAGGAUGCAAUUUUGAAAGCUUCCAAGGGCAGAGUCCUGCAAGUGGUAGUCUCCCCCAGGUCUUCCGUUGACGAUGUCACCAGAAAAUUCCUGGUGGCGUUUGUUCACGCAGUUGAAAUACCACCAGGCUUUUUGGACCAAGUUUUGCGCGACCUUCAGCUCCCAGAAUACAUGCUGCCCGCCGCAAUAAUUCAGAUCGAUAAUCUUCCGCAAAACAUGUCAGGCAAAGUGGAUAGGUCGGCCGUGAAUAAGUUGCCAAUUGAGAAAAAUCCACAGCACGGUAUUCCGACAGAAAGCCACUUGCCUUAUGAGGAUGCCCUGCGUCAACUUUGGCAAACAACAAUUCCUCGCGACAUUAUCUCCCAUCACUCAAUUGGAUCAGAAGCGGAAUAUUUCCAUUGCGGUGGAACUUCUCUUUCACUUGUCACUUUGCAGAAUUUGAUUAAGGAGCGCCUUGGAGUGUCAGUGUCUCUACCCCAGCUGUUUCAAGCAAGUACCUUGCGUGGCAUGGCUUCUCUUGUCGACACCAAAUUGUCCGAUAAGAUUCGAGAAUCCAUAAAUUGGGAAACGGAAAUCGAGGAUAUGAUUUUAUCUUCCAAGGACACACUACCUGGCCCUGAAAAUCCAAACACAGCUUCUGGAUCCAGUGUUGUAGUUCUCACAGGAGCAACCGGCUUCAUCGGCAGGGAGAUUUUACGUAACUUGUUGGACGAUGACAAAGUUCAAGCUAUUCACUGUCUCGCUGUCCGACGCCCUCACCAUGAACUGGCAGAAAUCUUCUCCCAUCCAAAGGUGCGCGUGCACAAUGGAGACUUGGGUGCCCCAAAGUUGGGACUGGCGGAUUCGGACGCAGUUUCGAUAUUUGGUCAGGCCGAUGUGAUCAUUCAUAACGGUGCCGAUGUCUCUUUCAUGAAGACCUACCAAUCGCUCAAGUUGACCAAUGUCGCAUCUACCAUUGAGCUUGUCAAGCUUGCCUUAUCCCGUCGCAUUCCAUUACAUUUCGUUUCUUCGGCUAGUGUUACGCGGCUUGCUUCACAGCCAAGCUUCGGGGAGACUUCACUCGCCAUGUAUAGCCCUGCGGCAAUUCCAAACGAUGGGUACAUGGCAGCCAAGUGGGUAUGCGAGGUAUAUCUGGAGCGAGCUAGCCAGGAAUUCGGUCUGCCGGUUUGGAUUCACCGUCCAUCUAGCGUGUCGGGGCCGGGUGCGCCAGAACUGGACCUUAUCAGCAACAUUAUGCGAUUUUCGCAGGAAAUCAAAAAGAUCCCGGACACGAGAACCUGGCCUGGUGGCUUUGAUUUGAUUUCUGUGGAUUCUGUGGCAGAGCAAAUUGUGGAGGCAGUGCACGAGUCUGGGUUAGCUGGAGGCGAGGGUAUCAAAUUCCGUUUCCAAUCUGGAGAACUUGAACUAGGACAGGAGGAGGUGCAAGAGGCUAUGGAGGCUACAACGGGUGAAAAAUUUGAGAUGAUUCCUGUUGCAGAGUGGGUUGACCUUGCUGAAAAUUCAGGCAUGAGCGCCUUGCUUGGAACGUACUUGCGGCAGGCUACAGAUGGGCAAACACUGCUCCCUAAAUUGGUGAAGGGAUCAAGAUAA